AUGGUCCAUGAGGCUACCAGUGCGGCAACCAAGCCCAACACGCCGCCGGCAAACAACCUCUCACAGAAGCUAUGGGGCGAUCGCGCCGUGACGCGCCCGUCGCCCGGUAUCCGUCGACCUAUGAAGAAGGUCAAGAAGAAGACAGCGUCAGGGGAGGAGAUUGAGGUGGAAGUGGAGGCGGAGUCGACCAUCAACAUCCGGGUGAAUCUCGACUUGCGGGCUGACGUGGGACUGGAGUUACACGCGGUUCUGCAGGGGGAUGUGGUGCUGGGGUUGAUGUAG